UCCACAUCCCCACAAAAUCUCGGCCACAACACUUCAAAUGAAAAAGUAAGUCAAUUUUCGAAUCUUCUAUCAAAAUCAAUUUUGUCCUAUAUUGUCUUUUUCUCUCUCUUCCUACACGAACCCUAGCCUCCCGUGUAUGCACAGAAUUUUCACGCCUCUCACUCUUUUGCUCAAGAAAAUUUCCAAGUGAAACCGUGUGUGCACACCAUUUCCCUCUCUUGUACAAGCUCAAAUUUCACCCAAUUUGAGAGCAAAAUUUCACCCAAUUUCACGCCUCUCACUAUUUUCUACAAACUACCUACCGUGUGUGUACCGUGUGUGGUUUGAAAAUUGAAACCCCAAAGCCGUGUACUCCAUAAUAGAGCAAAAACAACUUGGUGAAUUAUUCUAUCUUCUCAAUUAACAAUGAGUGAAACUGAAUCCGACUACUCCAGAGAGGAAGAACAGCCUGUAGAACGAGGCCAUCGCCCGAGUACAUCGAGGAGGGAAAAAUACCCGACGCCGAAUCCGCCUCCGAGGCAUGUUUGGUUACGUCCGUGCAUGCAAGGUUAUGCCGGACGAAUCAAUCACUAUGUAAAGGACACGACACUGAAGGAAGUGGAGACCUGUCUGACGCACUACCAGCGUCUUGAACAAUUUAAGGAAGGUCCGUUUGGGCAUUUACUUCAGUUGAAGAGGCAGGAUAGUGCGAAUGCCGCACUGCACCAUCUUCUUGCACGGGAGUUGUAUGACGAAGCAUUCGGUCCGUGGGAGAAGUGGUUCCACGUUGGUGGACACGACAUUCGAUUCGGCGCAGUGGAGUAUUGUCUGGUGACGGGGUUGUGUUUCGGGCCAUCCCCGCAGCGUUUUGAUCCUAAUGUGGAUCACCGUGUUGGGAAGCAGAGUCUAUGGCACCGAGUUUUUAAAGGCAAGAAGAUGGAAGUGAAGGAUCUGCGAAAGCGGUUCGUUAACCGCAGUAUGGGCAAUAUUGCCGAGGAUUAUUUGAGGGUGGGCAAUAUUCUCGUGGCGUAUGAUCUCGUCUUCUGUCGGGAUUAUAAACACGUGCACGAUUGGGUGUGGGCACUGGUAGAGGAAGAUCAGAAAUGGUCCGACUUCCCGUGGGGCUCUUACUCAUUCCAGAUUUUGUGUCACGGGAUGAGUGUGUUGAAGAAGCAUCCCAACGAGAUUACCGGUAAUAGGAAGACGUACCACUUCUAUGGGCCCAUAUGGGCAUUACAGAUUUUGUCGUACGAGGCCAUUCCGAGGUUGGGCCGCGCGUGUGGGAUGCGUGACACGAGGUUGCAGAUGCCACGAUUGGUGAACUGGACGACUUGGAAGUCGGCUUCUGACUUCACCCACUUUUUUGAUGCUCAUGAGGCCGAGUGUCACCGGACACUCGAACCGGUCGAGGAGGAGAAUGAUUCAUGGUAUUUGCAGACCCUGAGGCAUCCAGAGCCUUUUUCUGUACGAUACCAUCCUGGAGGGAAAUAUGCCGGCUUGACAGAGCCAGUUGUACCGGAGCCGCCUCUUCCUGUUAGGCCUCCCCCUGUGCAGAGGAGUAUCUCACGAGCAGAGAGGACUCGUGAGAAGCAGCCUGUCCCUGUCCCGAGGAGUAGCUCACGAGCAGAGAGGGCUCGUGAGAAGCAGCCUGUCCCUGUCCAUGUCGAGCGACAUAGGCAGACGUAUGAGGAGCCGGCUGGCAGCCCGUCGAAGCGGCGCAGGUCAGAGGAGUUUGAUGAUCGCGAGCCUCAGGCAGACCGAGAUGAGGAUUAUUGGAGGCGACGCGAUGAUGACCUGAUUGCCCGUAUCACACAGGAGCAGAUCCGGACUGUGGUCCCAGAGAUGCGGCGCGAGAUACGGCGCGAGCUUGUAGACGACGACUCUGAGCAUGGACUGGUCGCCAAAAUUACGAAGAAGGUCAUAGCCGCUGUGAAGGACAUCUUUGGGAGACAUUCUUCUUCGAGGAGGCAUAGAUCAUCAUCCAGUCAUGCCAGUCGUCAUAGACAUGGGAGUGAGGAGUACAACCAACCGAUACCCAGUCGCAGACGGUCUACAUCUCACAUUCCUAGUCCUAGGCGAUCAGAGCGUGAGGAUCCGCAUCAUGUUAGCCAUAGGCACUCAGUUGGAGACAUGGAUCCGCCUCGUGGCAGUCAGAGACGCUCAGAGCGUGGAGAGGAUCCACCCCCUGCGAGUCAGCGGCGAUCUGCCUCACGUCACAGUGAGAGGGAGGCAUCUAUGAGGCGAUCAGCCUCACAUCAUGGUGAGAGGCAGACAUCUUUGAGGCGAUCCGCCUCACGUCACAGUGAUCGCCCAGGGCCAUCGGCUGGGUACCAUAGUCCAGAGACCCCUGCGCCUAAGGCGGGGGAUGUAAGUGAUGAUCUGAAUGUUUCCUGGACGUCGUCAGAGGAGGAGGCGGGUGCUAGAGAGAGGCCUCAAUUGGUUAUUGACCCGGCCUUGCCGUAUGGUAAGGCCCUGGUGAAGGCGAAGAAGCGGGGCUUCAAGGCGUUUAUGAGAUCGCCGCCGGGUACUUAUGUGCAAGUGAUCGAGACGGGUUGGGUGAUGUCCCAGGAUCUAUUCCACAAGAUUCUGAAUCCUCGCGAGGAGUUGGACGGGGAGAUAUUAGACCUCUGGAAUCUGAAGGCUCUCCGACGGCUCCGUCAAAAUCAGCAGUGGAUAGCUCGGGGAGAGACGAGGCUCGUUGAAGGCGUGACACGGGAGAGAACGCCGAUAGCUUUUCUGGAUUUUUAUGAGACCCUUUCCAGAGAGUUCAGGUCGUUGCAUCCGGAUGAGCCAGAUUGGGACAACAUUCAGGAUCGACACGGAUACGAGGAGUGGGUGGUGCCCGAAAAGCUGAUCGCCAUGUUUCAUGGAACUGAUUCAGGCCAUACAUGGCCUUGGUUGGAAGCGAAAGAGAUUUUUGCUAUGUGCAAUCUCGAUAAGAGUCAUUGGUGUACUGUGGUUAUAUCUAUCUCCGCAUGGGAGGUGAGAGUGUAUGACUUACUGGUACAUGUGGAAGGUACACGAAAGCGUCGACAAAAUGCAAUGAAGCCAAUCACUCGCCUGAUGCCUAAAUUGCUGCACACUGUGGGUUAUUAUGCACACAAUCCCGUGAGGUAUGUUGCCGCUCCAGAUAUGCCUAUGAAUGUCGUCAUUAUGCCAAUCAGAGAGCAAUUCAUCCAAGAAGAUAGUUUUCUCGAAACCGUGUACGCAACCGUGCACGGAAGAACUCGAAACCGUGUACAGCACACGGCUGCACGGCUGCGUGUUCAUCGCUACACGGUUGCGUACACGGUUGGUCCCAAGGUGUACACGGUUAGGGUCUAA